GUAAGCUUGUCACUCCCACCGACUCGCAGAUACCGUUCUCAAGAGUCCACUGCCAGAGCUCGACCCUUUUUCUCGCCAUGUCUGAUUGGAUGCAACAGCUCGAUGCUCUCGACGAACGUCUAGAUGCACUAGGCGACGGUGAUGAGACUGACGAGGAAGAGACGUCUGAUGGCGGCGGCGAUGGCGACGGCGCGGUGUUGAAAGCGACUCUACGGCGGGUAUGCGAAGUCGUGCGCAAUGCUUCGGCACAAGGCGCAGGGAACAUGGACGAAAUCGUAGUCAAAGCGGAGGCUAUCAUCAACAGAGGUGUCGGGAUUGCCUACGGAUCGGAUGAUUCGGAGGGAAUGUUUGACUUCAUCCCGUCAUUUGCACAUGCAGCGAUGCGGACUUGGUGGAGGACAAUACCAGCUUUCAUGGUCUUGGUCAGCGUCCAGCUAUAUCCCGGUGGGAUCCCUGCUGAGCUGCUGGGCCCUGCCCCGUGGAGGCCUGAUAUGCAACCUCACAUCAAGAGCACCCGCCUAUCGCGCUUCCGUCCCGAUGUCAGCACCUCAGUCACCGACGCCACACCGCUUGCACAGGCCAUCCACCAAGCUCGCUGCGAAAUCACUGAUGACGACAUCACGGUCCCCUCGAAGAUGCUCAUAUCUCCCGGGCAAACAUGCCUUGCCAUUAUCGGGGCAGGUGGAUGGAAGAACCGCAAUCCCACGCUGGCUUGCUACUUUCUGGACAAAGACGACCAUAUGCAGAAAGGGAGAUCCAUCACUCCUGGUCUCUCCGACCUCGCCUCUACGAUGGCGAUGGAUGAGGAAAGGAAGUUGGUUUUCAUCGCGGACAGCCACAGGGUAAAAUCGUACUCCUGGGUAGCGAAUCCCAACGCAUCACGCCAUAACAAGCUCCCCGCAGUCCACACACUGGAUUCCGAUGAGUGCUCUGGGUGUUUGGCCGGGAAAGCGCUUGUGUGGAACAUAGAUGCUCUCCAACAACAUGGGCCUGAACACAGACGGAUUGGGAGGGGGCGGUUCGAUGUCGAGGACAGCUGGCGAUUCGACGGGAGCAUUCCGCACGCUUCCAUUGCCUUUGCAGACCCGACAUUCUACCCUGCUGUCUGGCAUCGCCAUGCGCCGAGCGGCAACAUGAUCUGUGGGACUAACGGACGCCGAGAUAGUAACGAGUAUCUAUGCGCAUCAAUCGACUUGGAGCAUGGCGGACAAACCGUCGCGCGAUACCUUGGCCAUGGCGGGGACGUGGAGGUCAUUUCUACGAGCGAGGGCGAUCCGAAUGUGUUCGCGACGGCUGGUAGUGACGGCUAUGCGCGACUCUUCGAUGUACGACAGCCCCUCCCGGUCAUGACUUUCAACCACGGCAUCGACCUGGAGUAUUGCUCUUCGGUCGUCCUCGUCCACCCAGAUGGAGUGCCCACUCUCUUCACAUCCGGACAGCAGAGCGAGCACAUCAAAUUGUGGGACAUCCGUGCUAAAGCAGCGGUGUACGAGCUGUCUACCGGGAACAACGCGGUCGCAUCCAUGGCAUGGGACCCGAAGCGCUCUGCGCUCUAUGCUGCGACGGAAUGUGAGCGGAUGGACCGCAUGGGGAUCAACCACGACUAUCGCCCUGCUCGUAUCCCGAGGUGGGCUGACAUAGAACUUCCAGAUGACCCUGCAAACGGACCGGGCGAAGAUGACGACGAAGACGACGCAACGGACGAGGACGAAGAGGACGACUUCGAUCGGUGCUGGCCUCGAAAGGCGCACCACAAUGAGAAGUAUUUCGGCUACGCCUUUGAUGCAGGCGAGCAUAGGCUCUAUCGAUACGCAUUCAAGGAAGAUCCCGAUCCCACCCAAUUGCCUGCCUAUGGUGACGCUGCCAUGGACGGGGGGUAUUUUUGAAGGCUCUCGCGUUGGAGAAUGCCCACAUGGCAAAUGUUGCUGUCUCGCUAGCGUGUGUGUAUGAGUGUACUGCUAAAUCGCCUGAUGAUCUUGAAGUAAUCAUUCAAAGCACUGCGAAUGUCUAUGCCUUAGAGAAAUGGCAGUGGCACAUAGGCCCGCUGGGCUUCUGCCGCGUAUACCCUAUUUCUCGCUCAUAUUGAAAUCAUGAACGUCUGAGCCCUCGAGCGUAUCUGUUCACCUUCAUUACUUUCCUUGAUAACAUAUACGGUGCGAUCGAUGACCAC